UUAACAUUGUUAUUAUAAAAAAAAAUUCAGACUAUAUUUGAACAACCAAAUUUAAAUACACUUUUGUAAGCAUAUAAAUGCAUACAUUAUGGAAAAAAUUACAAAAAAUAUUUUGGCCUUAAACUAUAUUUGUUCCAAGAAAAAUUUAUAAAAUUAAUAUUACACAUUUUAACAUUAUUUUAGUUAAUAGUAGGGUACUUUAAAAAAAGGAAUAUAAAGUAUGUACAAGAUCAAAAUUUUGUAAGACCAUUGCAUGAAUGGAAUAGUUAUAAAAGAAACAAUAAAAGCAAAUUUAAGUGAUGAUUCAAUUACAUUGGAGCUGCAGCUGCCAGAUAGCACAUUAAUAACACAGCACAUUGACUUCACCAAAGAGGUUCAAAUAAUACAAGUUUUAUUAUUAGGAGAAGAGGAGCGAGGUCAGAAACCAUUUCAAAUUGUGUGUUUUGUUAAUCAUAUUUAUCCAAAUGAAUUUAUAUCACCAGAUGCCAUGGCAAAACUUAGACAAAAAAAUCCAAGUACAAUAAGAACGUCUGAAGAGUUUAAAGGUAUCUUUAACAUAUCAGUAGAUUUAAAAAUUAAACCAAGAGAAAGCCAUGAUAUUUCAUCACACAUAUCUUCUUUUUGUUCAGAAGCUCAUGACUCAACCUUUACUAGAAAAGUUGAUAUUGAGAAAUGGAAUUCUUUAUCAGGUAGUUUAAUAAAACAAUAUGAACACACAGAUCAUAAGGUUUCCAAACCAACCUUAAAAUUAUGCCGUGAUACUGUUAAAAUGUGGACUCAUUGUUUAUGCACUAUGGAAGUAGUUAUUCCUUGGUAUCCAUGUGCUUUGAAGUUCUGCAAAGAUCAUCCAAAUAAGAAGUCCACAACUAUUGAAAGUUAUCGCUGUGGUAUUCAUACAUGUACCAAGACUUUUAAUUUUAUGUAUAACGUUAAACAUAAACUUCAAUGUUUGUCAAUUGAAUGAUAGCAAAAAAUUUAAUUUUGUUAAUAAAAAAAUUAAUAAAUAAUAA